UUUGGUUGGAUAGAUCAGAUCGCCAUACAGCGAGUAGAACGAAAAAGUACUUGGCUUAAAACUUGAAUAUUUUGAAAAAAACAAAAAAAAGAACCCAAAUUAUUGUUGUUGUUUGUGAUAAUAUCACAAAUAUGGAAGAUCAAAGCGAAAAAAGCUGCGAUGAGCUCUACGUGGCCGAGGAAGAUUCCCGCAAGGGCGCGGACAACGAAGUCGCUGCGGAGCCAGGCGCGGCUGUCGCGGAUCUUCACAAUGCAAGCGACGCCGAUAAAAGCGCACAGGUGGACGCCGACAAUCAGCCCUCGUGCAGUGUGAACUGCCAGGCGAAACCAGCACGCUUCGUGGUCAAGAAGUGGAACGCCGUUGCCCAGUGGUCCUGGGACAUAGUGGUGGACAACUGCGCUAUCUGCCGCAACCCAAUCAUGGACCUUUGUAUAGAGUGCCAGGCCAACCCGAACCUUAGCUCCUUCGAGGAAUGCACCGUGGCCUGGGGCGUAUGCAACCAUGCCUUUCACUUCCACUGCAUUUCGCGCUGGCUCAAGACGCGCCACGUCUGUCCGCUUGAUAACCGCGAGUGGGAGUUCCUGAAGUACGGACGCUAACCAACUGGACAGAGCUGAGACAUCGUCGAGAUUCAAUAAACAUGUUCUAACUCAUUCGCCUAUUCAUUUGU